AUGUCUCUCACAUUCUUCCGACGUCUUGCGCGGCCCUCGGCCCUCUCCGCAGCCCCAUUCGCCCCGGUGCGAUCAACCCGACCCUCAAUUGCCGCCACCGCGUUCCAGCACAGCACACCGGCUUUCGCAGUCAGCCCAGCACCAGCAUCGCGCGCAAACAAAUGCACAUUAAUACAAGUCCUGCGACAAGGGCGGAUAGCGCAGAAGGCGCGAAAACUCCGAUCGCCACAAUUGAGGGAUAGGCCGGAGCUGAAGGGCGUAUGUCUGAAAGUGGGAACGACGAAGCCGAAGAAACCCAACUCGGGCGAGAGGAAGAUUGCGAGGGUCAGACUGAGUACGGGCAAGGUCAUUACGGCCUAUAUCCCAGGAGAAGGGCACAACGUACAGCAGCAUUCAGUUGUCAUGGUACGAGGUGGCCGCGCGCAAGAUUGCCCCGGUGUCAAGUACCAUUUGGUCAGAGGAGCGUUGGAUCUGGGUGGUGUUGGUAGCCGGAUCACCUCGCGGUCCAAGUACGGAACAAAGAAGCCCAAGACAGCGUAG